AUUUUUCCCAUUUGUUUUGUUAUUACUUUUAUACACAAUCCACGUUAUAUUCCGCUGCAUUUAAAUCCUUCGUUUAUUAAUAAUUCGACAAAUGUCUGCCGAUAUUCAAAUAACAAACAUAAAGGAACUCCUCACCGAAAUGGUAGUUCCAGCCCAUCGUCCCAACGUUAACAUAAUUCCAGAUCACAUCACAAUGUUGCAUGGCACCAAGAGUAAAAAGCAGCUUAAUCGGAAGAGAAAAACCAACAAAAGCACAACUCUAAACCGGCGUGAGUUCCAGCAACUUGGACUCCACACACUACCCACAAAACUCUUAAAAUACAAAGAUGUCCUACCUCUGAAUAAACUCUGGAAAGGCUACAUCAAAGAGCAUUUGAAUUUAAAGAAUGGUGACACCAUUCCCGAGGUAUAUGAGCCAAACUAUGAUGCAUUUAGCAAACUUCUAGUAAAGUCUGACCUGCAUGGUGCUAAGAUAUCGGUCACUCAGUCGAAAUGUCCAAGUUUAAUUGGACUUGAAGGAAUUGUUGUGCUCGACACAAAAAAUGUCCUGAAGAUCGUCGGCGAAGAUAAUAAACUGCGAACGAUACCGAAGAGUGAAUGUGUGUUUGGAAUGCGGUUGGGAAAUAUCACAUUCACCUUGUUUGGAAAACAUUUGAAUAUCAGAUCUGCCGAGCGAUCGGUUAAGAAAAUCAAAAACUUCAUUGAACCGGAUUUGUAGGUAUAAAUAAUAAGAAUAAUAAUAAAAAUAUUUUGUUAAACAAA